GUUAAUUGUCAUAUUCAACGAGAAAAGCGAAACGGUUCGAAUUGGGUUUUGGCGGACGCGCUUUGUUGUGUAGUCGGAAAAUCAAGCUCAUUUUAAACUACAUUCGAGGACCGAAUGGAAAAAUUAAAAUGAGUGCUUUAAAAGAAGAUAUGUCUUUGGAUGAAUAUUAUGAGCAAUGCGUAGUGCCUAAACCAAAUAUACCCCGUUGCUAUCCGGGGGUAAUGGGCGGGGGGAAGAAAAAUCGGCAGGGCCGACGUUUUAUUUCUUAUAAGGAUCAGGAGUCGUCUUCUAAUGACUCAGAUGAUGAACCAGAAAAAAAUAUUCGUCAGUCGCGGCGUUUCGUUACCUAUAAAAACGACAACCAACCUAAUAAUGAGGAUGUUAAUAUGGAGGAAACGGAUACUAAAUUUGAGUAUAAUGUCACAAACUCAAAACAGAUCAACUAUGAGAUGAAUAACUUUAAUGAGGUCUAUGGACAGGAUGAGGCUCCAAAUUCUACCCAGGACAUGCCGUCUGGCUCGGCACAAUGGCGUAUUCAGCCGAAUAAUGUAAAUCGACCAUCAGGAGCACCACCAUUGGUGCCCAGCAAUGUGCCACAGUUUAAUGCAAGGAAUCGCUUUGCUAAUAAAUCUAAUUCCUCCAUGGGAUUUCGAAAACAGUGGAAACAAAAGCAGAAGCAGCCAAAUCAUCAAUUUCGAAAUAUACAAAAUCGAUUGGGACAUGGUCAAAACCAGACGCAGCAACAGCAUUCGAAUGGAAUGCGCAAUGCCUAUAAUGCAUUUAACUAUUCUCCCCAAAACACAAAUCAGGGGCAGCGGCUGCCAAGCUUAUCAAAUCUUCUACAAAAUAUUAAAGAUCAUUUUCCCCAUAAUUAUUCCAUCCAUAUUAACAAUAAUUCCCAGGAGUUAAGCAAUCCGAAUACCAUAGGCUCACUUAUUAACACGGUUUCCAAUGUAUCCAAUCCACAUCGUGUACAGAAUGGGGGCUUGCCGAUGGGUUUCAGUGGUGGUCGACCCGAAGGAAGCCAAAACAAUGAUUUUAUGCUGGCCAAUAACUUUAAAAUAGACACUAAGCCACCUGAGGAUCUAAAUGUCUAUCAAAUCGCCAGUAAUCUUGCGAUGUUGCUUCAAAAUGUGGUGCACAAACCUGUGCACGAUCAACAGGUGCAGAAUCAGAUUAACUUUUUGCAGAAAGCUCUUGGAAAUCCAGAACCAAAAUUUGGUAUCGAUAUAACCAUUAAGCCACAGGCCACUGAAAGACCAAUGUAUCAUCGAUUUAAAUAAUUGCUCAGGCUUCGGCCUAAUUUUUUAGUUUUAGUUCGUAGAUGUUUAAAAAUCUACAAUUUAAAUGCAGGGUGUUUUUGGCGCUUAGCUUUAGGAAGUAAGAAGAAGAAGGAGCUCCGGAUAAAUGAAUAUAAGCGAAUUGGGUGAAUGGCAAAUUAAGCAGAUGAAAUGUAUGCUGGAAAUACUAAGCAAAGAGAGCUGUGGUCGAUCCCCACACUUUUUGUUAUUGUUGCUUCAACUUACUGAUAACAACUACAAUUUGGAUGAGCCACUUAUCAGCAAUGCACAACAAGAGGCAAAAGGCGAACGCCGCUAAUGAUGUUGAUGCCGGACAAAGGGGAGGUGGAAGAGAGUAAAGAGCGAAAGCGAACAGAAAUAGAAACACAAACAGAGCGAUAAAUUUACAGCAAACGGCAAACAACGAAAUAAUCAAUCAGUUAAUUUGCUAAAGACCAGGAACGUGGACGCAUAUAAAAAUAAUUUACGCGAAAUGGGGUAGUGGGGAAAUUGAUCAAACUCCUCCUCCUCUCUACCGUUUUUCAUAAACAACAUAAAUACUAGUAAUAAGAAUGAAAAUAUACUUAACCUCAACGUGAAUAACAAAACUUACAAAAUACAUUUGGUUCGGUUCAUCUGUUAGAAGAA